AUGGCUGAAUCGAUUCCCAUGCACUCGCGGAGCCCUUCGACGCGUCUGGGAGGACGCGCCUACGCCCAUCAUCGUGACGACGAUGACACUGAGACGGAAUACGAUCGCCUGCGAGAUCUGGCCCGAGCUGAGGCCUCGAAGCGCAACUCGUGCUUCGACAAGGCCCACCAAGCCUACGAGCGCGGCGAUGGCGCCGAGGCCAAGCAGCUGAGCAACGAGGGCAAGUCGCACGCGGCCAAGAUGGAGCAGUACAACAAACAGGCGUCCGAGUACAUCUUCCGGGCCAACAACUCGACGGACAAGGUGCAGGACGACACGAUCGACCUGCACGGGCAGUUCGUGGAGGAGGCCGAGGACAUCCUGGAGGCACGGAUCCGCGACGCGCAGGCGCGCAACCAGACGCAUCUGCACGUCAUCGUCGGCAAGGGCAACCACUCGGUCGGCCACGUGCAGAAGCUCAAGCCGCGCGUCGAGAACCUGUGCCAGGAACUGGGCCUGCAGUACCGCACCGAGGAGAACGAGGGCCGCAUAUACGUCAACCUCCAGGGCCACGAUAUCCCGCACAUGCCCCCGCCGCCAUCGAACUACUCUGGCGGCGGUUACGGCGGUGGUGCGAACCAUGGCUACCCGGGUGCCCAACAUGGUGGGCAGCACCAUGGCCAAGCUCAGCACGGCCAGCAGCACCCCAGGCCUCCGGCGCAAUCCCACCAGCCGCAGGAGCAGCAGCAGGAGGACGACACGGAGAAGCUCAAGAAGAAGAUCAUCUCCAAGCUCACCAAGAAGCUGGGCGACUGCUGUGUUGUUAUGUAA